UGCGCGCCUGCUGGAUUGUUCAUGAGAAAAACACCCACAAGUCACAAAAGCGAGAGCACUAAUUCCAAACGGUCACAAUUAUUAAAAAGGUCCGAGAGCCAACAAAGUCUGGAACAAGAAAAACGGCAACAAUAAUAACCACCAACGAAACCGCUCGAUACACCACAAUUCACUUCCGUCAUCACACUCGAUCAACCACCAAGCCACCAAGAGACACAGUUGUGCUGAGAUAAUCGAGACCACAAAAACCAUGAAGCUCUUCCUUUUGUUGCUACUGGCUAGUAGUAGUACCACUUGUACAGUUCAAGCCGCCACACAACAAGACGAUGACGUGGUCUUUCGUUGGACAUCGACCGGUGGUGGAUGGCGUGCCAUGUUUGCCGGCAUGGGAUUUGCCAAUCUGUUUCAACAAGCCGGGCUGAUGGACGACGAUCACACGCACUUUUCCGCCAUUUCCACCAAUUCGGGAGCGUCGUGGUUUUCGACGCAAGCCUUUUAUUCGACUGAAUUUUACACCAAGACCGUCAUGGCACCAAGUCCGGCCGAUCUCAAGUUCUUUGCGGAAGAAUGGAUGAUUGCCUAUCUCAGUGUCGCGAAAGAAUUGGAAGAAUACGAUAUUUGUGAUAUUACCGACUUUUUGGGUGGAAGCAAUAUGACAGAAGAACAACCAGCAGCAGAACCAGGACCUCUUCUAACGGUUUUUGCCGAAUUCUGUAACAUGCUCAUGGACUAUGACGGAGAUUGGACGGCGUUUAUCGACGACAUGAUGGCAUCGGCCGCAUUGGUCUACGGCGACACCACGUUUCCCACUCGGAUCGCCAAUGGUGACAAUCGGAUUGCGCCACUCCGAGGCACGGAUCUCUUGGUACAAUCCGCCUUGCUCGCCAAUGCCCGCAUUCGAGCAAAUAACAUGACCACCGGCAUGGAUACCACAGUCAACAUUGGCAACAGGAACGAACAACUCUACACGUUGACACUCUCGGCGGCGUACACGGUCAAUGACACCUUUGCGGGAUUCCAGUACAAUACUCUAGACAGUAAUGACGACGGCAUGCUCAUGACAUAUGCACAAUCUACCUAUCCAGAACAUGCCUUUACCGAUUUCGAGGACUACCACUUGUAUCCUCCGGCGUCAAAUGCCGAAAUUCUACAACCACAAACACCACAAGAACAACCCGCCCAAGAGUUUGCCGCACCCUUUGGAGGAGCCGCGACGGUCGUCCAAGUGGCAGCCGUCAGUUCCGCCGCCGUCGGACCCUUUUCUCCCGCCGGACCCUCCACAUUCACCCAAGCACUCUCCAAAAUGCGCGUUGCAUUGGAGGAUGAUUUCUUGACCAAAUCCAUUUUUGAUCGGGCUGCCAAUCGACUCUACGCAAGUCCGCUGUUGGACAAAUUUGCCGUCUGCACGCAAUGGCCCAAUCCUUGUUCCGAAACGGAUGGACUCAUGAUCGAUGGAGGAUUGGUCGACAAUGCCGCCAUUCCCAUUAAUAUUGCACAAUAUCAUUUGACAGCCCAAAAUCCACUCGACAAGACACUCAAAAUUGUCGUCACCAAUACCAACGAAGCGGGAUCCUGGGAUUCCGAUCGCAUGAAUGCGCAACUCUUGCAAUACUUUAACACCAGUCUCAAUCAAGGGGUACCACCGGGAGACUAUAUCUGGUUCGACGCACUCCCGUUGCCCUUUCGAUCACCGCAAAUUUUCCAAGACAGCAUGGACAUGGACACUCUCAAUGCCUUGUUGGAACCCAUUGACGGAUCCGACAUGACCACGGCCGUCCUGCAGGUCACCACCACGGACAAUCCCGCCUUUGGAAUCCAAGCCGGACAAGCGGUGGAAAUUCUACUCAUUAAUCUCAAUGCUCCCAUUACCACCUUUAUCGUCGGCAAGACCAUUGUGGAGCAAAUGAUAACACCCGUCGCUGACAUGGUACACGACAUUGCUGCCAACGAAGAGUUACUCGCGCGCAUCAAGGCGUUUUUUGGAUUUCCGCCCACACAGGAUACAUCCAAUCAAACACCGCCACCGGCCAAUGACACCACGACUACUGCAACCGUCAAUGGCAUGCCCAAUAAUAAUGGACUGCAAUCCACGUCGGCGGCGGCAACAACCAAUGCGGUUGGUUGGUCCGUGGUUGCCGUCACAAUGAUGAUGGUGCAAGCACUUGCGUCGUCACUAUGAUUGGGCUUGGAAUACCUCUUGGGGGUGGCUGUGGCAUUUCUCGACAACAAUACAUACAUAGCGUUCUACCAUUGAUGAUUUUAAAUCAAUGCACAAAAAUUUAUAUAAAAGAUGAUAAUACAAAUGCAUUAUAUGUGUGU